AUGUCACUGCCAAACAAUACCAGUAUCCAUCCCAGUACCUUUCUUCUCCUUGGCAUUCCAGGGAUGGAGGCCAUCCAUACAUGGAUAUCAAUGCCCUUCUGCCUUAUUUAUUUAAGCGCUCUCCUUGGGAAUUUCUCCAUCCUAUUUAUUAUUAGAACAGACUCCAACCUGCAUGAGCCCAUGUACUUCUUCCUCUGUAUGCUCUCUGUGGCUGACUUGAUCCUUUCCACUACUGUUAUGCCCAAAAUCCUCAGCAUUUUUUGGUUCCAUGACAGGGAGAUCUAUUUUGAAGCCUGCCUUGUCCAAGUAUUUCUCAUUCACUCACUAUGCAGCAUGGCCUCAGGGUUUAUCUUGGCCAUGGCCUUUGAUAGGUACGUGGCAAUCUGCAAUCCUCUGAGACAUUCCAUUAUCCUGACACACAGAGUCAUCCAGAACUUGGGGCUGGCUAUUGUCUUCCGUGGAGUUGUGCUGUUCAGUCCUCAACCCUUUAUGCUUCAGUGGUUUCCCUACUGCAGAACUAAUGUCAUCCCUCACAGCUACUGUGAAUUUAUGGCUCUGAUCAAGCUGGUUUGUGCAGACACCAGGAUCUGCAGAAUAUACAGCCUAACUGCUGCCUUCCUCACUGGAGGUUUAGAUUUCAUAUUAAUCCUCUGUUCCUAUGUUGUCAUCCUUUACACUGUCUUCCAUCUUCCAUCCAAGGCUGCUCGGCUCAAGACCCUGGGCACUUGUGGAUCCCAUGUGUGUGUGAUCCUGGUGGCCUACACUCCAGCCUUUUUCUCCUUCCUUACUCACAGAUUUGGACAUAAUGUGGCUCCUCAUAUUCACAUCUUUGUGGCUAACAUCUAUGUCCUUGUUCCACCCAUGGUGAACCCAAUGAUCUAUGGCAUAAGAACCAAGAGGAUCAGAGAACGAUUCCUCCAGGUUUUGACUUCUCACAAAUUCUAA